GGCCAACGACGCGCUCAACAAUUUCCUCAAGAUGGUUCGCUACGCCGCCGCCGCCCUCGCCACCAACCCCGAAAAGUCCGCCCGCGCACGGGGCGAGUACCUCCGUACUCACUUCAAGAACAUGCGCGAAGUUGCUGCGGCUCUCACCGGCCUGAAACUCACCAAGGCCUACACCUACCUCUCUGACGUCUCGGAGCACAAGCAGAUUAUCCCCUUCCGCCGAUUUGCAGGUGGCGUUGGCCGCGCCAGCCAAGCGAAGCAGUUCAAGACGACUCAGGGUCGCUGGCCUGAGAAAUCUGUCAAGUUCAUCAGUCGCCUCCUCAAAAACGCUGAGUCGAACGCCGACGCCAAGAGCUUGGAGCUCGAGAGCCUGUUUAUCAAGAACAUUGUCGUUCAGCAGGCACCUAAAACCCGCCGCCGCACGUACCGUGCUCAUGGUCGCAUCAACCCCUACCAGGGUCACCCCUGCCACAUCGAGAUCAUCCUCGGCGUCUCGGACGAGGAGGUCGAGCGGAGCAAGGACAAGGACGCCCUUGCCAAGUCGUCGCUUUCGUCGUUGAACCGGAGACAGUUGGCCCGCAGGCGGAUCGCAGCUGCACGCUCUUGAGUGCGUGACUUAGCUGUUGUGGGGAGGAGGUCCAGGUUUUACUAUGAGCAUCGCACCAGAAGGCGUAAGACGACCUACUUGCUAUGUAUCCAAGUAUGUUCUAUGCCAUGACACGAAAAGCUUAC